CGCAUGACGGCGUGAGCGAUAGAUAAGGUCGUUCGAGUAACGAGUUAGUAAAACUGGAAUCUCAAUAAGAAGUGGUUGUGCUGUAAAAUGUGUAUUAUACGAUUUUUCACGUGUGAAGCGUUUAGUGCGCAUAAAACUAAAGAAAUAUUGGAUAAAUUGCGACAAGUAGAUAACGAUGUUUUGGAUUUAUCCACUGAAAUUUGCUAUCAUGUUGAACUUGCAGAAGGAUGUGACUAUCUUAAUAUCAAUCAAAUAAAAAUUUUGCAGUGGUUACUUAGCUCUCCUUUGCAACCACAUUCUUUAAAGAACGAAUCAGUUUAUAAGUUCAUCGAUGGUAAUCAGAUUAUUAUUGAAAUAGGACCAAGGUUUAACUUCUCAACAGCUGACUCAAGUAACUCUGUACAAAUAUGUGAAAGUGUUGGCCUCCAUGAUGUUAUCAGACUUGAAGUGUCCACCAGAUAUCUCAUUAGUUUCCGUAAUACUAAAAGUGUCAGUAAAAGCUUAUUUGAAGAAUUGGCAGCACCAUUACAUGAUAGGAUGACCCAGUGUAUAUACACCAAGGAAAAUCUUCCUCGUCAUAGUUUUAAUGAAGGUCUACCAAAAGAUUUAGAACCUUGGUAUGUUGUGCCUCUCCAAAAAGAAGGAAUGCCAGCAAUGGAAAAAGUCAACCAAAAACUAGGGUUGGCGUUUGAUAGUUGGGAUAUGCAAUUCUAUAUGGACCUAUUUGUUAAUAAACUAAAGAGAGAUCCAACUAGUGUUGAAUUAUUUGACCUUGCUCAGAGCAAUAGUGAACAUUCAAGACAUUGGUUUUUUAAGGGUAAAAUGAUAUUAGAUGGCCAAGAGGUCAAUGAAUCUUUAAUUGAUAUGGUUGCAUCAACACAAAAGUAUUCAAAUAACAAUAAUGUAAUUAAAUUUGGGGAUAAUAGCAGUGCUAUAAAAGGUUUCAAACACACAAAAUUACGGCCAAGUGAUGUAAAGGUCCCAUCUCAAGUUAUAUCUGAACAAACUGAAUCAGAUAUAAUAUUCACAGCGGAGACCCAUAACAUGCCUACUGCUGUGGCCCCAUUCAGUGGAGCGACAACAGGUACGGGAGGAAGAAUUAGAGACGUUCAAGGUGUGGGCCGUGGUGGACAUACAGUAGCUGGCACUGCUGGAUAUAGUGUUGGGAACUUGUUGAUACCAGGAUAUGACCUACCCUGGGAAGAAAAGGACUGGAAAUAUCCCAACAAUUUCGCAAGCCCUCUGCAAAUUAUAAUCGAGGCGAGUAAUGGAGCUUCUGACUAUGGAAAUAAGUUUGGUGAACCACUUGUAUCAGGAUUUGUUCAGUCGUAUGGAUUGGUAAAUGGUGAUAAUAUUCGCGAAGAAUUCAUAAAACCAAUUAUGUUCAGUGGUGGUAUUGGAUAUAUGCCCCAUAAUAUGAUUAAAAAGAACAAGCCAGAGAAAGGUAUGUUUUUAGUAAAAGUGGGCGGUCCAGUAUAUCGUAUCGGAGUGGGAGGUGGGGCCGCAUCUUCCGUGGCUGUACAGGGUGGCGAUUCGAGAGAUCAUGCUUUGGACUUUGGAGCAGUACAGAGAGGUGAUGCUGAAAUGGGAAAUCGUCUUAAUAGAGUUGUACGAGGAUGCCUAGAAGCUGACAUAAACCCUGUUGAAUCAAUCCAUGAUCAAGGUGCUGGUGGCAAUGGUAAUGUGUUGAAAGAGUUAGUCGAACCUGAAGGUGCUGUGGUGUUCACUAAAGAAUUCCAAUUGGGUGAUCCCACUAUCACAACACUAGAACUCUGGGGUGCUGAGUACCAAGAAAACGAUGCUUUACUGUGUAAGAAGGAAAAUAGGAAUAUACUUGAAGAAAUAUGUCGACGUGAGAGAUGUCCAGUAUCAUUUGUCGGCGAAGUCACCGGUGAUGGUUACAUGAGCCUUGUCGAAGACUCCUAUAACGACGCGUAUAUCAAGAGAUCUGAUAGACAGAAACCAGAUGUUGCUUCUAAAAUGCCGUAUGAUUUGCAUUUGGAGGCCGUUUUAGGAAAUAUGCCAAGAAAAACAUUUAACUUGCAAUCUGAGAAGAGAACUAAAUUACCUCUUUCCCUGCCACAUGACAUCACAGUAGAAAAAGCUCUUAAUAGAGUAUUGAGGCUUGUUAAUGUGGCCAGCAAACGCUACUUGACAAAUAAAGUUGAUCGUUGUGUUACUGGUUUAAUAGCACAACAGCAGUGUGUAGGACCGCUUCACACUCCGCUAGCUGACUAUGCUAUUAUCGCUUUAUCGUAUAACGACCUUGUUGGCUCAGCAACUUCUAUUGGCACCCAGAACAUUAAGGGCUUGUUGGAUCCCGCUGCCGGUGCCCGAUUGUCGCUUGGCGAAGCUCUCACUAAUUUGGUCUUUGCGGGUAUAUCAGACUUGGAAGACGUGAAGUGUUCCGGUAACUGGAUGUGGCCGGGUAAAACCGGAACGCAGGGUGGCGCUCUAGUGAUAGCUUGCAAGGCUCUCACUGUUGCUAUGGCGGAGUUGGGCGUGGCCGUUGACGGAGGAAAGGAUUCUUUGUCUAUGUGCGCUAGUGUCGAUGGAAAAACAGUCCAGUCUCCAGGCACGCUAGUAAUAUCAACAUAUGCUCCUUGCCCUGAUAUCACAGUAAAGAUCGAACCAGCUCUUGUUAAAGAAGGGUCAGUGCUGGUUCAUGUUCCUGCUUCGCCGGGACAGUAUAGAAUUGGCGGUUCAGCUUUGGCACAAUGCUAUAAACAGCUGGGCGAUAAUCCACCAGACUUGGACAAUCCUAAAAUAUUAAAAUCAUUGUUCAAAGUAACACAGAAACUACUCAAAGAGAAAAAACUUCUAUCUGGUCACGACAUUAGCGAAGGAGGUUUUAUUACAACAGUUUUGGAGAUGGGUAUUGGCGGGAUUCGUGGUUUGGAAUUGGACAUACAAGUGGAUUCCCAAGUAUCACUUAUUAACACACUGUUUAACGAAGAACUUGGUAUUGUAAUAGAAGUAGAUCAGAAUGAUACCCAAUACAUCUUGAAUGAGUAUAACAAGAACGGAGUUAGUGCUACAGUGAUUGGCAAAACUGGGAAAUAUGGCAUGCAAUCAGACGUGGUUGUCAAGGUAAACAGGCAGAAAGUUCUGGAUUCAAAACUAAUCAACGUGUUUAGAAUGUGGGAAGAAACUAGCUACCAGCUGGAAUGCUUGCAAGCUAAUUCAGAAUGUAUAAAACAAGAAUGGGAUGGUUUGGAAAAACGUAAGGGUGUAACAUACAAUGUCACCUUCGACCCCUCGGCGGCGGUUGUCAAAACUAAGUCUGUGAAAGUUGCAGUCCUGCGUGAAGAAGGUACAAACGGUGACCGCGAAAUGAUAGCCUCUCUCAUGAUGGCGAACUUCGAAGUUUUCGAUGUGACUAUGAGCGAUUUGCAAUCGAAGAAGAUCACACUAGAUGCUUUCCAAGGAUUAGUGUUCCCUGGCGGAUUCAGUUAUGCCGAUACUCUGGGUUCAGCCAAAGGCUGGGCAGCUGGUAUCCUAUUCUCUGAAGCACUAUACAAUCAGUUCUUGCACUUCAAGAAUAGAAACGACACGUUUUCACUGGGCGUGUGCAAUGGUUGCCAAUUGAUGGCACUCUUGGGCUGGAUCGAUCCGGAACAAAACAACACGACCGUUCGCAAGACACAAAUAUUCCUUGAUCACAAUUUGUCUGAGAGAUUCGAAUGCCGCUGGAGUGCAGUGAAAAUUAGCGAAGACACCACAAAGCAAGAUGUUUGGUUCCAAGGCAUGGGAGGCAGCGUGCUUGGCGUGUGGGUAGCUCAUGGUGAAGGAAGAUUUACAUUAUCAAAUCCCGUAUUGGAACAAUUGCAUAAGAAUAGACAAGUCGCUAUGCAAUAUGUGGACGAUGAAGGAGUACCCACUGAAAUCUACCCUAUGAACCCUAAUGGCAGUCCAAUUGGUAUAGCUGGAGUGAAAUCACCCGAUGGACGUCAUGUGGCGAUGAUGCCUCAUCCUGAACGCUGUGUGUUACGUUGGCAAUGUCCUACUCAGCAAGCAAGAGGCGUCACAUCAAACCCAGCUAGCAAUGCUUCGCCAUGGCUACGUCUCUUCCAAAACGCAUACACUUGGGCCUCUGCACAAAAUUAGGUUUUUCAAAGUAUAAAAAACAUACUAGCUGUUAUUUUAUUACACAUUAUGUAUUAUUGCUUGGAAAAUAGCAGUGAAAUUUAAAAAUCUGUAUUGAAAGUUCAAUCACGAUAUUUAUAUAUAUUUGUUUUUGCUUUACUGGAUUAAAUCUUGCAUCAUUGGUUUUUAUGAGGCUUGAAUGUAUAUAUGCAUCAAGAUUCUUUAGGGUAUUUUUGUUAUUAAAUAAUAGUAUGUAAUUUAGGAUAAGGAAAUCUCUAAAUCAAUGGAAUGUAUCC